AUGGGAGAUGAACGUUGUGAACUAGCUGACGGCGAAAAGCGUGUGGAAUUCGAACGCACUAUCAAGAAAAAUGAAUUACAGUUAUACAGAAAUCAGAUGCAGCAGAAUUGCCCUGCACUGUUCGAAGCUAAUCGUCUGAGAGAAAGAAAAAGACAAGAAUGUGCAUUCUUGACGAACCUAAAAAAGGUAGCAUGGAAUCUGCCCUUCAUUCGCGACUUUAAAAUCAAGGAAGAUUCAAAUGCAAAACUUCGAAUUGAUAUUAAAGAAAGUGAGGAGGAACUCGCUAAGUUCUUGAGAGAACAGGACGAUCUACGAGAGAACAUCUACCGGAAACGCUUACAGUUGAGAAACUCGGAGCCUGAACUUCGAAAGCUAGCUGAUCAAAUAAGAAAUAGAAUAAGCGGUCAUAUCUUGGCGACGCAAAUCGAAAACAGAAGACGACAGCGUCUGAAAGACUUGGAAGAAGAAUUUUCACUUGAGCGGGAAAUGGUGGAAGCCGAUCGUCUUGCAGAACAGCGGGAUAUACAAAAACGGAGUCUGUUCUUGGAACAAAUGCGUGAUGAUAUGAUCCGAGCCAUGGCAGAACAAAGAACGGGGGACACUCCUCGUCAUCGGGCAGAACUGGCAGAGAAAGAAGAGUCAAGGCGGCUCAUUGAAGAUAUUGUUGCCGAAGAAAACGAACGUAUUAAAGCAGAGCAAGAAGCCAAGCGGCACAAAAGAGAAAAGCUGAACAAAGAGUACCUGGAAUUUAUCGCAAGCCACCAGGAUAAGCGCGACGGAAAAGCCGAGGCAGAAGGUGCCCUUCUGAAGGAGUUGGAGAAACAGCGUAAAAUAUUGGAUAAUCGAAGGGAUGAGGAGAUACGUCGGAGAGUGGCCUUAGUUAACAAACGUAUUGAAGCACAAGAGGCAGUUGGUGCCUAUACCAGCGCAAUUCGAGAAGCCAAGGAGCAUCAGCUAACCGACUACUUGGAUGCUAACGAGACGAUUGCAAUGGCGACAGACACUUUGUAUGAGUACAAUAAGACUGAGAACCAUUUUGGAAAUAAGGUUGAAAGUGCAAAAGAAAAGCGUGAGGAGCUGGACCGGCUGGCUGAAUACAGACGACGGGUGAAAGAGGAAGAACUUGAGGAGGAGCGUGAGCUCGAGAGACGAAAUGCGGAAGCAUGGAAAAAGGAAAAGGAUAGAAUUGCAGCAGAACAGCUGGAAAAGAAAAGAAGAGUUCGGGAAGGUAUUAUGGAACACAUGGAGAAAAGAAGGCAGAUUUUGGCCGAAGAAGCUCGUAAACAACGGGAAGAGGAUGAACAAAUAAAGCGUUACCAAAAACAACGGGACGCUCGAGUGGAAACUGAGCGCAAAGCCAUGUUGACUGAAUAUGCAGACUUUCUUGAUUUUUUUGUAAAAUGCGAACCCAAAAGUGAGGUUGGAAAUGAUCAGAAGCAGUAACGAAUCAUAAACUAACGCGCAAAUCUGGUAAUCAGUGGGGGAAACGAUCAAAUUUGUUACGCAUAUGUUCAACCUGGAAUGCGAAUCUUAUUUAUUCAAUCAAGACUUACCGUACAUACAACGAUAGCCAAUAUACACUGGGAGAUGUAACCGAUUGCGGUGAUCGACACUCAGCUAAAGGAUCACGCAAGGAAAUAAAG